CUUCUUCUCUUCUUGAACAUUUGCUAUCAAGCCUCAAAAUCUAUUACUUCUAAAUGAGACAAAAGGGUCACAGACACGCAGGAGCAGUCUCACCUUGUGCCGCGUGUAAGCUUCUCCGGCGAAAAUGUGUGAAGGAUUGCGUCUUUGCUCCAUAUUUUCCGGCUAAAGAGCCUUACAAGUUUGCCAUUGUCCACAAGAUUUUUGGGGCUAGUAAUGUCAAUAAGAUGUUGCAGAUGCUGUCUGAGAACCAUCGGAGCGACGCCGUGAAUUCGAUGGUGUACGAGGCCAACGCGAGGGUGCAGGAUCCUGUGUACGGAUGUGUAGGGACAAUUUCGUCAUUACACAGACAGCUAGAGACUCUCCAAACUCAGCUCGCUUUUGCUCAGGCCGAGUUGGUUCAUAUAAGGACGCUCCGCCGUAUUGAGUCAAUUCGCACUAAACCUGCGCCGUACACGGCCAGUAUGGGCACUUUUCCGGCAAACAAGGACUUCUCCACUGACGUCGACAUGGCUUUUGUGUAUGAGGAUGGUGCCAGAGAGUCCCUCUGGUCGUGAUAACUUUAGAGCCUGAUCUAUCAAACCAUCCUUGCAAUUGCAUGCAAUACUAAAAAAAAAAUGAUAAAGAUAUGUAUA